AUGAGCAUUCAAAAUGUGGUAGACUAUUCGAGCGAGAAGUGCAACUCUUUGACUGUGGCCUUGCAGCUACAGUCAAUGGAGAAUGUUUUGAAAAGAAGUUAUCAUUUUCAACAGAUAGAACAACAGCACCAACAACUUCAACCAUUUGCUCAAAAACGUAGAAAAUUAAAUGAGUGUAGUUUCCAGUUACAAAGUGUCUCGCCGCAGCAAUCGACUCAACAACAGAGCAAACAUGUCAUAGACAUGCAAGAAAAGCUACGGCCUCAGAGUUCUACUAUCUCGCUUCCCACCUGUCACGCUCCUUCAUAUUUCGGGCGUCGGUCUUGUAGGAAUUCUAAAGCUUUGCAAAGUAAAGCUUUACAAAGUUCAAAAUCCUCUUCGAGCCCUUCUCAGUCUGGAAUUCCGGAUAAGACUUUACAAUCGGCACGUUCUGCUGCUACAAUUUCUUUUUUAGUUAAGUCUCCUGAGUUCCAUUUGACUUCUCAACACAAAACUGUCAAUAAUUUUUCGGAAUGCGUCGACAAGGUGUCUGAUGAUAAGAAUUAUCAUGAUUCGCAUAUGUCAACCACUGACCUUAACAAUGCUUCUAUGGUUCCUGCCAAUACGGCUAAUACCGUUCAUGAUCCUUCAACGGUUACCAAUCAUCCUGAUGCUCUAGAAAACGUUAAUCAAGAAUUUUCUAUUCUCAAUAUAAUUCCAUCUUUGAUAAGUGAAAAACAUAGAAAGGCUGCUUUUGUUGAAAAUCUAGUCGACACUGCUGGCCUUAUUAUGGAGGUAAUUUGGGCAAAUUUUGCCAUUAGCCCGAAUGCGAAAAUUAUUACUUUACGUGUGUUUCUUCAGGAAACUUUGAGACGUUCUCGCACCUCUUAUUCAACACUCCAAACAGCAUUAUUCUAUUUGUUUAGAAUUAAACAUAAAAUCGCUUUAUUAUCUCAACGCCCCGAAUUGCCUCCUACACCAACUUCCGAACAUCCUCCAGAUGUGAUCCAAAAUUCAUGUCAAAAUAAUGAUCCUGCAACCUGUGGUCGGC